CUUUAUGAUCGUCUGCUAUGGCGACACAGGAAGACAGUUUCUUUGUUCAAAUGAACUUCACUACAGACAAAACUCAGUCGCUGAAAGAAUGUGACGAAAAAGACGACGUUAUCGAUGAGAAUUACAAUGACGGAUCACCGAAACGGAGGCGUAAAGUUGAUGACGAAGGUUUCGUGACGCCGACAACUCCUGAUAUUCCAAAAUCUUCUCCCUAUUAUCAAUAUGACGUCAGCAAAAACGCAUACACGUUAUCCAGUGCUGAAUCUGACGAGCUAUCUGACCCGAGUUUUACACCAACACACCAGUACGACACAAGUGGGUUCAGUGGAAGCGACUUUCAAGUUUCAGAUCCAAACGAAGCAUACGAAGACUCUCGGUUACCUGGGUCUAACGACCAAUCUUUUGCAGUAUCGCAGGCUUUAGGUGAACACUCUUUCACAGAAUCUGGGAUUUCCCAACCUUUCAACGACCAUUCAAAUUCAGCCUCCCAUUUGUCUCAGACAUCAGAUCUUGAAUCAUUUUCCAAAGAAACUAAAGAUGACGGAACCGUAAAUAAUAAUGAAGACCUCAGUUCAUCUUCAAACAAGAGCAUUGCAGACAUCAUCAAAGAUAUGAAUGAGAAAUCAACGAAAGUGUACAUGCACUGGUUGGAAUUAUUUCGCGAAGGAGAAAAAUUUGAGGAGGAUAUCCCAUCUUUCAUUGAUGAUUUACUUCAUCAGGCUAAACGAAUAGAAGAAGAUCUUAUGGAGCAGAAGGAAUCUCUUCGUCAAAGAAUUCGUGGAAUCACACAAACUUUACGGAUCGACGAGCUUUGAUGACUGCUGCGUUCAACAGUUCUUGAUUAAAACAAGACUCGGUGUAAAUGUCAACAUUUACUUGAUUACAGGUAUCAAGACUAUACCUAGGAAUUAUUUCCCUCCUCACAGGAAGGAGUGGCUAUAUAAUACUGCAAACUGUUUUAGAAUUUUGCCAUUUUGUACCAAACAGAACUAUAAUACCUUUAACUUCUGUGCGUUGUUUAUUGCUUUUCUGCCGUCUUGUGACAUUGCAGUUAAUUUGUCAAUGAGUUUAUGAAGUAAUGGUUAAAAUGUAAUAAAGGGAUUACUGAAUCAAUAACAUUCA